AUGGAUCGUAAAGAAGUUACGGCCUUAGUUUUAAUAGACUUAUCCAAAGCAUUUGAUAGCAUAGAUCAUUCAAUUCUACUAGUGAAACUUCAAACCAUUGUUGUGUCUAAAUCAGUGUUGGCAUGGUUUAAAAGUUAUCUAUCGGGACGAAGCCAAAUAGUACGUAUUGGGUCGACAUUGUCGGAAACAUGUAUUAUAACUCGAGGGGUUCCUCAAGGAUCUAUUCUUGGGCCGGCAUUAUUUAAUAUAUAUAUUAAUGACCUGCCCAAUGUUCCAAAAGAGUCCUCUUUGGAAUCUUAUGUGGAUGAUUCGAAAAUCUAUCUGGCAUUUCCAAUUCAGGAUGUUGAAACUGCUGCCUUUAAACUUACACAAGAUAUGGAAAGAAUUACCGCAUGGUGCUGUAUAAAUAGUCUGCUAGUGAAUCCAAAGAAAACGAAACUUCUAUUACUGGGUACAAGUCAAAUGCUGAAAAAACUCUCUGGCACAGAUUUCUAUAUAACUGUUCUUGGUGAGAAAAUAAUCCCACUUCAGACGGUUAAAGAUUUGGGAAUGACUUUGGAUUCAAGUUUGACUUACGACAAACAUAUUGCCGAUACCGUCUCAAAAUGUAUCACUGAAUUAUGCCAAAUCAACAGAGUUAAGCAUAUUUUCGACAAACACACUUUAUCCCUUAUUAUAAAUGCACUGGUCUUCAGUAAAAUGUAUUAUUGUUCCUCCGUUUGGUCGAACACCUCGAAAAAGAAUAUAUCAAAACUCCAAAGCGUGCAGAACUUCGCGGCACGCGUUAUUACUGGAAUCAGAAAAUAUGACCAUGUGACGCCUAUCCUUCAGCAGUUAGCUUGGCUUCCAGUUGAGUGUAUGUUAAAACUCAGGGAUGCGGUUAUGACAUUUAAGUGCAUGAAAGGGUUAGCUCCGCCAUACUUGUGUGACAAAUUCGAAAUGAGAUUAAAGAUCCACAGUGUUAACACCAGAAAUAAGGAUAAGUUAGACAUUCCACUGUAUAAUUCGGCUUCUGGACAGCGAACGUUUCAUUAUCGCGCAGUGUCUAUUUGGAAUGAGCUCCCAAAUCAUAUUAAAGACAUUGACACUUUGGACCGGUUUAAAAUAGAAUAUAAACGUCAUUUAUUGCAUGGAUUUUUAGAAAGUAGUUAA